CAGCUGCCUCCUCCAAUCCAACUUCAUACAGCAGCUGAGCUGAGCGCUGAGCAGACAUGGACACAUCCACGCUUUAACUUUCGCCGCUGUCCGCUCUGCCUUCUCCUGCCCUACGCUGAGCUUCCAGUGAGAAAUCUCCACUGGCUGGCGGCCGCGGGCGCAUGGGAAUCUAACUUUUUUUUUCCGCCAAUUUUCACUUAGUCCGUCACUUUUUGUGGAGGCUAUUGUUGUUACAGGCUUCAUGCUCCCCUCAUGCGUCGGGAAAGCCAUGGCCACUCCAAGCGCACAGCAGCACCACAACCAACAGAACCAGGAUUACUUCAGAUCGGUGAGCAGCGAGUCCACCACCUACAUGAUGGUCCCCACGGGCGGUCCCAGCGGGACGACGCGCCGGGAGGCACCGUCCAAGAUGUGGUUGGCCAUGGUGGUGAUUGUAGUGGUGGUCUUGCAGAUUGCGUCCACCACUGGGCUCUUUGUCUACCUGAACAUGUCCAUAUCACAGGUGCGUAGUCAAGGAGUGACAGAGGAGCUAAAGUGCCUGAGUUUACUGAAUGCUCUGGACAAAGACCAGGACAUCCCAGAUCAGCUGGCCCAGCUCUUUGGGGAACCCUGCAUCAAACUGGCCGAAGGCAUCAAGGCCUAUAUUUCAAAGGUGACGGAGAACAUCAUCUCCAAACAAACCUUCAUUGAGGCUAGAACGAUGCCUCGCUCUUUUAACAACUCAAAGUUCAUGAGCUCUGUGGCCCAGAGGCCAUCUGCCCACCUGACUCUUCGAGACACCAGCUCUCAAGGGUUCCCUCCAUAUCCUAGCCCUACACCGGGUCUCCACCAGUCCUGUCGUCACGUGGUCCGCUCGUGGGCCAAUCAGAGCUUUGGAGCUCACCUGCACAACAUGACAUUGACCAAUGGGAAGCUGCGAGUGCCUCAGGAUGGGCGGUACUACCUGUACUCCCAGGUAUAUUUUCGGUAUCCGUCUCCAGCAGCCAGUGAUGGGGACCAGCGCAGCGUCAGCCACCAGCUGGUGCAAUGUGUCUACAAGAAAACCUCCUACCCAAGCCCUAUACAGCUCCUGAAGGGUGUGGGAACCAAGUGCUGGGCACCAGAUGCUGAGUAUGCCCUGCACUCCGUCUAUCAGGGAGGACUGUUUGAGCUGAGGGCCGGUGACGAACUCUUCGUCUCAGUCUCUUCUCCUACUAUGGUGAAUGCAGAUGAUUCCUCCAGUUACUUCGGGGCCUUCCGCUUGGACCUUUAAGAGAGCAGGAUGGGAGAUUGUGGAAAAAGAGAGUAAAUGAGAGAGACCUUUUUAUUAUCAAUUGAUUACAAUUGUGAACCUGAUCUUGGAUCUUGGGUGUGUGCCAGGACAGACAAACUGAAUGAGGAAAAGGUUUGGGGGUGUUACAGAUUAGCCUGAAUGAUGAACACUGCAAGAGGUUUAAGUGAAAUGGAAAGGAGAAGAGUGGAUUUGACUUUCCAAUUCUCCAUUACAAGAAAAACGGUUAAGAACAAGAUUAUACAGAGAGACGUGCAAUCAGAAAUGUGAGAACUGCUUUACAGUUGAUUCUUGCCGUUUUGGAUUUUAUGAAAAAAGAUCAUUUGGACAUCCCCACUGAACACAUCUAACUCUGUGAAUUUCCUCUUUGAACAAACUUUGCUGUAAAAAGCAAUUAUAAUCUUGGAUUUCCGAACCAAAGAAUGUACACACCCAUCUUCUGCCUAAAAGAUGUGAAGAAGGACUUUUGAACGGUAGCAGAAGAAGCGUAUGAUCAAACCAAAGCAAACUAUCUUGAGUUUAACCUUUCUAAGCAUGCCAUCUGAGGACUGUACAUAAAUAGGCCUUAGAAUGGGACUUGGACUAUGAUGACCUGUGGUGAUUUUUAAUCUAAUUCAUUUUUUUUUUUUUUUUUUUUUUACUUUGACCUGACCUAAAACCACUUGGACUAGAAUCAUGGACUGUAUGAUAGAUUAUAAGGAGUGCCUUUUCUUACUGGAUGCUGAAAGAACUGUGAUCAACAAGAAUGUUUUGAAGAAGAGUCUGUAAAGAAAAGAGAAGUGAAAACAAAGAAGACAAAGAUGAAAUCUUGCAAAUGACAAUAAGAAUGAGCCCAGCAAAGCAAAGGAAGACAAAAAAAGACUGAGAGGCUCCGGAUAACAUGCAAUCUAACCAGUCUCUUGUGCUUCCCUUCUGUAAAUUUUUUCACCAUGUUUUCUCAUAAACUGCUUAAUCUGUCUUGCCUUUCUUGUCUAACCUGUGAAGCUGCAUUGUGUUUUACUGUAAGGAAAGAAUCAACCUAGAUUGCAAAACAGAGGGGGAAUACAAUAAUGUGUCUGCACAGUACAUGCAGAAAAACACUAGUUGCUAACUUGCAAACAUUCAAAGCUAGCAUGGUUGUAAAGUUAACUGGUUAAAUUUAGUUUCUUUCAGAGCUAUGUUGCAACAAGCACCUUGUACAUUGGAAUACAUUCAUAGAAAUGUUCAAACAGCAACUUUAUCUCAAUUUUCAUCUUACUUUACAACAAGUCACAAGUGCUCUCAUGAGGUAAUAUCUCCAGGAAAACUGGAGGUGAAAAUAAUAGCAUGUUUAAAUACUGACCCAGUCACAUCCCUUGUGUCAACUCUCUGCCUUGCAUCAACGAAUAUUGGAGCAAGAUGGAGAUUUAAAAAAAAAAGAAAAUACUUUCGAUGCCUGGUUCUUUAGUUGCCUUCUGAUAAGCCACCACUAGAGGGCACUAAAAAGUGUUGGGUUAAAGGUUAAUUUAGUGGGGAAAAAAUUAAGAUUGUUCGGAAGUUUUGAAAAAAUGCAAAUAUAUGCGUUAAUUUUAAGCCAACUAUGACUAGUUCUGUUUUUCCUUAUAAAAGUUUACUAAACCUUAGUGUUUCGUAGUUUUCAAAGAAAAAUGGGAAGAGAAAGGCCAUAGAAGAGCCACAUUUAGCCAAAAACACUUGAUACAGUUAGGAAAGUUCACUGGUCAGCAUCUUAAACAUACAUUAGAGUGGACUGAUGAUGCUACACCACAGACAGUAGUUAAAUCACCAAUCAUGCUGUGUUAAGCAAAGCCUGUCCAUGCAUUGACCCACAUCUAACGAAUUUGCUGUUUUUUGUUAUUAUCAUCAUUCUUAUUGCUUGUUUUGACUUGUUUGGAUAUGCAGUCUUGGUAGUUACUGCAUAUCAGUGCUUUGAAUGAAACUAUUAGUGCUUUAAAGUGUUGUGUCACAAUGGCUGAUUUGUGGAACCUAGUGAAAUGUGCUGUUGUAACGGUGGAAGUUUUAGAAAACCCUAAAUAAGAAACCCUCCAAUCUUAAAGUAAUGCUCGAGCACAAAUAUAACGCAAGCAUGACCAUUUUAAAGAUAAAAAGGCUGUUUGAAGUUUUUUGCAGUCUUGAGUGUUUGUUUGAUCACUUUGACCAAAGUCUAUUUCCAGAGUAAAGUACUUCUUCUAUUGCUGUGGUUUUUUACUUCUUUUGGAUUAAUUGGUGAUUGGCAAAGCAACUAAGUCACUAUUACCUAAGCUGAACAAUGCCCUUGUUUCACCACUGAAGUUACUUUGGACUACGCUGCUAGCUGUGUAAAUCUGCCUUACUAGCAGAUCCGGUGGAUCAGCUGACCAUCAGUCUGCCGGAAUAUGUUUCAACCAAGUAAAGGACCUAGAUGCAAAAUCUGAAAGUUUGCUUCUCUCAUUUAGAAUUGUCUUUUAAUGCAAAUGUUUCUCACCUUAGAGAACAAGGACAAAUUUAACAAAAGUUUAGAUGUCUGAUAUCUGCAAAUAAAACAUUGUGUGGUUAUGAACAUGCUCAGUUUGCGUACUUUGAAUUGCUAAACUCUAAUUAGCUAGCUGUUGGCCUUACACUACAAUAUCUUUCUACCAGAUAAGGGAACCAUUAUUGAUAACUUCAGUUUGAAACAUCCAAACUAUAUCUCUCUAACAUGAGUAGACAUGUUUCUGUGGAGGUUAGAAUAUUGCUUCCCCCUCAAAAACGCUGGACUCUCAAAACAAUAGAAAGCUUUUUACAAUUCUGUCCAUUUUCCCUUUUUAAUUUAAAUCAGUGUAAAAUCAACCAAGAAGUCCCACCCCUCCCUCCUUCUUUUUAUUUUACCUCUAAGCUUACGUUUUUUGUGAGAGGUAGUAACAGGAAAUUCAAUUGUCUGAACUCAAACUGGUGGUAAAGGCUAGAUAGAGCAAGACAUCAGAAAAUGUAUUUUCCAAAAAGAGCCCAAAUGUUUAUGUUUGUUAUUGAAAUUCACAUCUAAUCUACAUUGGCAGACAUAAAUAGACUGUUUUGCACACACACAUCAGAAAAAACAUUUCUCUCAGGUAUGAAGCAGCUAUAACCCGAAACCACAAAGACAGUGAAGUUUUGGAAAACAGGCCAGAUAAAGAAAGUCACAGACAGACAUUAAAAAAGGUUUUGGGAAAAAGCAAGAUAUUUGCUGACACAAACCAUGCACCACCUAGCACACACUCGACCCCUACACAUUUCUUUUUGCUGGUAUGAUGACAUGUAUGCAAAUAAAACACACACACACAUUAGCUCACACUACAUGCUAGCCAGCAUGUGCUCUGCAGACACACACAUCAUCUGGUGUCACACUCUGUGCAAAAGAACAAACUCUCAGAUCUAUACGCACUCGGAAAUGUACGGCGCAGCCUCCCUGUGCCAUCUGGUUGUUGUCAGUGGUCAGGCCUGUGUGUAAGUGUGCACUUACUGUAUGGGUUUGUUUAAACAGCUUAUGUCACAACCACAAUUAAGAAAUGAGGUUGAACAAAUUAUACACACCUUUCUUUGCCUGCACACUAAAGCCGCAAUGUUUUCCUAGGAGAAGAGGGACAUUUCUCCACACAAGCGGACACUCUGACUGAAACAGAAAUUUAUGCUGUCAGGUGAAGAUAUAAUUCAAGUUUAAUGGUAUGAAUUUCAAAACACUUUAAAAUGAUUGCCGUUUCACCUUUUGCUGGUUGUGCUUUCUCUCACGAUGCUCUGUCUUGCUCUCCAUUUGACCCUCAGCACGCUUUUUCAAAGGCCAAAAGGAAGAUAAAAAUAUCACAUUAUUUUUGCAAUAUACCCACCCAUAUUGUAAAACUAAAUCCAUUGACAUCAUCUUUAAUCUUUGCAUUGAAUGUCUAAGGGCUUUGUUUCUCCUGAACAGUUUUAUACGUAGCUGUGAACACUAGUGGCACAGUGUUGCUAAGAAAAUAAACAACUCUCUGAAUACAA